GGCGUACGACAAGGAGAAAAACAGUGACAGUUGGAGUGCCACGUUCCCGAUCGCAUGCAGAGAUCGGGGCUCACUGAUGAAUUCACUACCCUCGAUCGAUCGGGGCCGCCUCCCCAGCUCCGCCUCUGCCCUGCCCUGCCCUGCCCUUAUAUAGAGACCCCCUCGCUCGCUCACUCCGAUGAUCCGAUCCCCACUGCUAGCUAGCCGGCCGCCUCAGCUUCUUCCAUCUAUCGUCUUGUCGAUUGACCGGCGGCUGCAAAGCAAAGCAAAGCAAAGCAAUGGCGGAUGCGAUGGAGGGGCGGCGGGUGUGCGGCAUGCCGGAGAAGGCGCAGCUGCAUGUGGCGAUGCUGGCGCUGCAGUUCGGCUACGCGGGCUUCCACGUGGUGUCGCGGCUGGCGCUCAAUAUGGGCAUCAGCAAGCUCGUCUUCCCCGUCUACCGAAACAUCAUCGCGCUCUGCCUGCUCGUCCCCUUCGCCUACUUCCUCGAGAAGAAGGACAGGCCCCAGCUGACUCUCAAUUUCGUCAUCCAGUUCUUCCUCCUCGCCCUCUGUGGGAUAACGGCGAACCAAGGGUUCUACCUCCUGGGCCUGGACAACACGUCGCCCACAUUCGCCUCUGCCAUCCAGAACUCCGUCCCGGCCAUCACCUUCGCCAUGGCUGCCGCGCUCAGGAUCGAGAAGGUCCGCCUUGACCGGCGCGACGGCGUGGCCAAGGUGGCGGGCACGCUGGCGUGCGUCGCGGGGGCCUCGGUCAUCACGCUCUACAAGGGCCCCACCAUCUUCGGGGCCGGCGGCGACAAGCUCAUGGCCGGCCCUGAGCUGGGCAAGGACGACAAGAACUGGACGCUGGGUUGCGUGUACCUGAUCGGGCACUGCCUGUCGUGGUCGGGGUGGCUGGUGCUGCAGGCGCCCGUGCUGAAGAAGUACCCGGCGCGCCUCUCCGUCACCUCCUACACCUGCUUCUUCGGCGUCAUCCAGUUCCUCAUCAUCGCCGCCUUCAUGGAGAGGGACGCCGACGCAUGGAGAUUCCACUCCGGCUCCGAGCUCUUCACCAUCCUCUACGCCGGUUUCAUCGCGUCGGGCGUGGCGUUCGCGGUGCAGAUCUGGUGCAUCGACCGCGGGGGCCCGGUGUUCGUGGCGGUGUACCAACCCGUCCAGACGCUCGUCGUCGCCAUCAUGGCCUCCCUCACCCUCGGCGAGAAGUUCUACCUCGGGGGGAUCAUCGGCGCCGUGUUCAUCAUCAUCGGCCUCUACCUGGUGCUCUGGGGCAAGAACCAAGAGAGGGCGCGCCUCGUCAAGGACGCCGCUGCGGCCUCCGGCGAGCGCGACUCCGCCUCUGUCGUCGGCAUCCGGAGCACCAAGCAGGCGUCGUCCGUGACGCAGCCUCUCCUGCUGCCUUCCUCCACCUCGUCCACGGAGAACGUCUGAUCGAUCCAAGUCGUCAUGGAUCGAGAUUAUAUUGGAGAAGCUCUGUACCAACGAUUGCUCGCUCAAGCUAGCUGCCCCUCGAUCAGCACUAUAUUCAUCCAGGCACCGGGCGCCGCACGUACGUGUCGAGGUCGAGCGAUCCAGUGUUGUUAAUUAGUAUUAGUUUUUCUUGUUAAUUUGACGCACGUAUGCAGCUGCUACAUUAUAUUAUAUAAGUAUGCAUGCAUGCAUGCAUUAGUGUGGUGAGCGAGCAGAUCAUGACUGGUUGAUUACGACCUGCUUCGUAAUCGUACCUACUCCAGCUAGGAUUGCAUCGUUUGGGCUUGGAACAUGCAUCUAUUAUCUA